UGACAAGGAAACAGGUCCGGGCUGCCGCAUCUGUCACAGGUCCGGGCUGCAGCGACUGUCAUAGGGUCGGGCUGUAACAGUUGGCAAGAAUACCUAACUGCAUCUUCUGGCGGUCCAAUGGAACCCGACACGAUGGGGCCACAACCGACCACGGGUGAAGCGGGAGAGGAGUACAGGACAUCGCCUGAUCGAGCUCUGAGGGAUCUGAAGGAACGACUUAGGCGAGAAGCACCGCUGAGAUGGGCUGACCAAACCAAUGACGGAGAGUCCGACGUAAGGGGCGAACCAGUUGCGACAGAGCCGCAGGAGGCUCUAAAGACGGGUACCUCGAGCGGACGACGAGAAGCGACGAGGCGACGCUCCCCCGAGUACGAGCGGAGGGACACCAUAGCGGACAGGCACAGAGACGACUGGAGAGAGAGUUUGAGGGAUUCCUAUUGGAGGGACAGAGAUAGAGACAGGGCGCCGCCUAGGCGAGUCUUCGACCCUCAGACAGGGGAGUCACAUCCGCUCCCUUACGAGAGCAAGGAUCGCUAUAUUAUUACGCACAAGGCUUCAGAGCCUCCUACCUUUAGGGGCUAUGGUAUCACAGAAUAUCAGGAGAAGUGGGAGCUUCACGCCACCCGGAGUCAAUGGUCCGAGGAAGAGAUUGUAGAAAACUUCCUAUUUAAUGUGGACCCAAGUCUCGGUAGGGAAGUUAAGGAAGCUCGACCGAAGGAUGGAAAAUCGACUACGUACAAGAAGAACCUCGUUGAGCUUUACAAAUUGGAGAAUAACAAGUAUUUCAUCAAGGAUCUUGAAACAAUGACUCAAGUUGAAGAUGAGAGCGUACGGGCAUUUGGGAUGCGUUUCCAGAAGAUCUCUGACGUGAUGAUGAAGAAGGGGAAGAUCUCAGAGGUCGAGCGCUGUACUAUCUUCAUCGGGCACUUGUCCAAAGAGAUUGUGACCACUACAGGGGCCACGGCCUACCGGGACAAACCUGGAGGGCCCUAUUCACUUCGCUGGGACCGUAGGAACAACGAUUCGUGGAGGAGUGUCGAGGAUAGAAAUCCUCGGACGCUGACUGAUUAUUGUACGAGGGGAAGAAAGAGAGACGAUGAGCCAUGGCGACGUAGGGACGAUGAGAUAGACCGAGACCUCAGAGAUCGCGAGCAGUUUGCGCGAGCAAGGAGGCUGGAUGAUUACCCUCGAAGCCCUCGCUAUGAGGCCGAUCGAGGUAGAGGCGACUCCCGCGGCCGAUGGGAGACAGAUCAGGGCCAACGAGAUGGAUAUAGGGACAACAGAUACGAGAGAUCGGACCGAGAUGGAUAUAGGGACGACAUAUACGAGAGGUCGGGUCGAGAUGGCUACAGAGGUAGUAGGUAUGAAAGAGGAGAUCGGGACUGGGAACGACGAGAUGGGUCGCGCGGACGGUUUGAGCGCAGGGGAGAUGCGAAAGAGCAGCGCGACGAGUCGCGGGGAUGGCACAACCGAGGGGACCGCCGGAAUCAUUCUCGAGGGCAGUAUGAGCAAGGAGGGUCUGGAGGAGACUGCCGCAACGAUUCGCGCGGUCGGAAUGAGAGAGGGGGAUAUGGCGUCUCAUCAGAACCAUAUCCCAAGUCGCCUGACCCAAAGGCAGCCAGGAAUUCGAUCUCGAGGAGCGCAGAUGACAGGCCAUCUACCCCCAGGAACUCGUGCGUCUACUAUAGAGGAGAAGAUCAUAUCAAGAGGGAUUGCCCGGACCUCAAACGGGCAAUAGAUGAAGGACUUGUCGUGCUGGACGACCGCAAGUACGUCAAGUGGGCAGAUGGUCUGAGAGAUGUAUCGAUGUUCCCUUCGAUGAAGGAGAAUGUAGAAGCAAGGAAAGUAAAGCCGAGUAAAGAAAAGGAGCUAGUCAGGAGCCAGAGCAUCAAGAUAACCUUUGAGAUGGAUAUGACGACCACACCCAUAAGGGUGGCAGCCACCAAGUCGGCGAGAGGGUCUACAUCGAAGAAGACUGACACGGAUUACGUGAUGACGGAGAAGGAUGGGCAGCGGGUCGAUGGAGAGGAGGUUAUCCUUUUGCCGCGAAAGCCGGGAGUGAAGAAGUUCUUAAUGAAGAGUUCGCUGGACGAGAUUGACAUGGUCGAGCCACUGAGGCGGGCCCUUCGGCAGCCCAUGCAGUGCUCUAUUCAGGAGUACCUGGCGGCAUCGAAGCCGGCUCGUGAUGAGUUACAGAUGAUCACGCGGAAGACUCGCAUACCCCUAUCGGAGGAGGGUCAAGGGGCCCCUAAGGCGGAAGCUUCUACAGUAGCAGUAACGGGGGUGACUGCCAGAGCGGAUCGCAUGGCGACAGUCUUUCUCGAUGGAAUGGAAGGUGUGCCUCCAGAGAAGUUUUAUACACUUGGUAGCGGGGCCGUGGAGACGAUUAUAAACGAUGGAGCGGUACUCGACGCUGUGAUCGAUAAUGGCAGUGAGAAUGUCAUCAUAGACGAGGACCUGGCAGUACAGGUUGGACUGGGCCUUGACAGGUCGUACCUAUUCGAGAUAGAGACGGCUGAUGGGAGAAAGCAACAGAUCACUGGGGUUUGUCACAAGGCAGCCAUAGAGGUCCAAGCGAAGGAGGAGGAAGAAGUUAUCGCUUUCCUCAAAGAAAAGAUGGUUUCCCACGUUGCGGAGCCGUCUUAUAGCGCUUAUGCUAAUCGAUGGUUCUUCCUACGAAAGCCGAAUGGCAAGAUCCAAUGGAUCCAGGACCUUCAGAAGGUCAACGCGGUGACGAUACGAGACGUGGGCUCCGCGCCACACGCCGAUUUAUUGGCAGAAGGCGCCGCAGACGGAGGCGAGGGCGGGGAAGGCGGUGGCGGAGGCGGUGGCGGUGACAAAGGGGGAGUUGGUGGCGGUGACGAGGGGGAAGAUGGUGGAGGCGGUGAGGGGGGGGGUGAUGGUGGACGGAGCGGGUGCCGUGGCAAUAGGGUUGACGAGCGUGUGAACGGCGAUUUUAUGCCCCGUGGUCGCUUCGUUUUGAAACGGUUGAGACACGGGGGUAGGCGGGAUGACAGUAUUGCGUCUCGUGUACGCAGACGUCGUGUCCACAUUGCGAUCGAUACGGGGCCACGUGACAUGCGGCAGGACCCGGUUGCCAUGUCAGAGGACGAGAUGGGAGAUCCUUCCAACGAGACGCAGCGCGACCCGGUUCAUGCAGAGGAGCUAGCCUCGAACACUGAUAUGAUAGUGACGGAGGAGGAUACAGGGUUCAGGAUCACUCAUCCCCGGUCGCCAGCGCCGGUUGUUGGCACAGAGGAGGAGACGGAGUUAGGAGGACCAGGUCCACUCCGCCAGGCGCAGACUCGGUGCACUCCAGCAGGCGCCCAAGUCCACUCCACAGGAGCGGGUUUGGAGGACGGCGAGGCACAACGUGAACCGCCUCCUAACACGAGUGACGGCAGUCUAGAGGAGGGAGAGGUUGCACCCACUCCCACUUGUGGAAAGGACGGGGAGGAUGAACGUCCUCCGACCGACCACCACGUCGGCCUCGACUGCCCGCCCGACAGUCUUUCGGCCACCGACGAGCUAUUCACCAUGGAUUCCGACUUGGCAUCUCUGCCCGAUAUAUCACUACUGAUAUCUCCCACUUUGCCGGUUGUGGCACCACCGGAGCCUGCUAGACGAGAUGACGAGCGUCGUGACAGAGGGUUCGACGAGUUCGGCGGCGACACUAUACUGCAUCCUCCAGAGUCCGGCACUCCUGCCAUUUUUCAUGUCGGUGCACCGUGGGCGGUGGAGCAGGGGUUGGCGGAGGAGGUAGCACGGAACCGUCUUGGUGGACCGCACGUCGCAACUCAACGUAGUCUGGAAGGUUCACUAGAGGCAGCGUCUGGAGAUUUUUUGGCGCAGGGGGGUCAUGGUUCGCAGCUGUUAUCGGACGGCGUGUCAUCAGUCCAUCCACCAGAGGGAGGCCCACAGCAAGAGCCACAUCGAGGGCCAACAGAGACUUUAGAGGCGAGGCCUCCCGGAGUUAUCCGCUCGAACGGAGGCGAGGGCGUGAGCGAGGAUACAGCGUAGCCAAGGAGCGCAGAUGGUGGACGGUCAUUCAGGGGGGGCAUCGAGCGCAGAGGGUCAUCG